AUGCGGCAGUCCCAGGACGAGGUCUCCUGGGACACAUUUGAUGAAAUAGAGUCGCCCACCACCCAGAUAUACUCCCAGAGAGAGGUGGAGCUGGGGGACCCCAACACACUCAUCUGCCGGUUCAGUGAUUUCCACCCAACACCCGUGGAUGUGACCUGGACCAGGAACGAGCAGCCGGUGGGAGAGAGGACCGUCAGCAGACCCAGCUUCAGCUUCAGGAUCUUCUCCUACCUGAGCAUCACACCUCAGGAGGGGGACAUCUACUCCUGCAGUGUGGGUCAUGUCAGCCUGCAGGACCCCCUCACCAGGAUCUGGGAGGUUGAAGUGCACACGGACCACCAGACUGUAGAGACAGCAGUGUGUGUUGGGGGUGUGACUCUAGGAGUGGUGGGAGUAGCAACAGGAGUCUGGUUUAUCAAAAAAGCCAAGAGGUCUGCUUAAGAACAUCAGCUAUCAGGGAUACAGCGAGGGCUCCAUGCAACAUUACCAAGGACAAUUAACAUAUUCAGCAACCUACAACUGCACUGACAACAAUAUGAUGCAGUUCACUAUUUCCAUUUUUAAAAAUUCAUAAUCUUAAUAGAAUAGUCCUUAAUUUGUUUUGCUUGGGAUAUUUUCUAUUUUUGCUUGGGUAAUGAAGGCACUACA